AUGGUAGUAACAGAUGAAUUCAGCCGUUUUCCGGAAGUAGAUAUACUUACCUCAACAUUACCAAAAGUUGUGAUUCCUAAACUUGAUGCGAUAUUCACAAGACAAGGUAUUCCUGAUGUCCUGAAAAGUGACAAUGGUCCACCGUUUAAUGGUCAUGAAUUUAAGAACUUUUCCGACUACUUAGGAUUGAAGCAUAGAAGGAUCCCCCCGUAUUGGCCAAGAGCAAAUGGAGAAGCAGAACGACUGGUUCAGACCCUCCAAAAGUCUCUCAGAAUUGCUCACCUAGAAGGCAAAAAUUGGAACCAAGAGUUGUACACGUUCUUACGGCAAUAUCGUGCAACACCUCACUCCACCAUCAAUGUGCCUCCAAGUGAAGCCUUAAACAGCAGAAAACUCGAGACCACAACACCAGAGUUACCAAUCACCCAGCACCAGCUGCCACGAAGCACACUUUAA